CGUGUGUCGCCGCUGUUUGUUAGGAAUAACGUUAUUCCUGAGCAACCAGAGACGCAGGAUCCACGCAUAGGGCAGGGCACUGAAAAACCGUUUAACUGCUACACGUUAAAAAAACCGCCUGUGCAGAAUAGAAAAGGGGAUGACGUAGGGGCUCAGGUCAGAGACAGAGAGCAGAGAUGAGCCUGACAUCCUGGUUCCUGGUGAGCAGUGGGGGUACACGCCACCGACUGCCCCGUGAGAUGAUUUUUGUGGGGCGUGAUGACUGCGAGCUCAUGCUGCAGUCUCGUAGUGUGGACAAGCAGCACGCCGUGAUCAACUAUGAGCCAGCAAGCGAUGAGCACAAAGUGAAGGACUUGGGGAGCCUUAAUGGGACAUUCGUGAACGAUGUUCGAAUCCAGGAGCAGAUGUAUAUCACUUUGAAGAUUGACGAUAAGCUAAGGUUUGGAUAUGAUACCAACUUGUUCACUGUGGUCAGAGGAGAGCUCCAUGUCCCAGAAGAGGCUUUAAAGCAUGAAAAGUUCACCAGUCAGCUUCAGCUGGGGAAGAAACCAGUCUGCACAGAGUCGCCCAAAACACCCAAGUCUCCUACAACCCAAGGCGCAGAGAGCAAAGCUGCCGAGCCCGUCACUGAACCUCCUGCCAAAGUGGUAGAAACCUGCAAGGCAGAUGACAAAAUGCCAGGUGAUACUUCAGCACUGCACAGAGGAACCCCUUUGUAUGGACAGCCUUCUUGGUGGGGUGAUGGCGAUGCUGAUGACGAGAACUCAUUUAAACAGGAGAAUAAAGCAGCAGGGAAAAAACAGGAGACUCCUGGGACAGACACCAAGGAGACCAAGCGGACAGAGAAAGCUAAAGAAAAUGGUGUAAGCGCCACAGGCCCUGAGCCCAGCUACUUUGAGAUCCCAAGUAAAGACGGCCAGAUGGCAGAGGACAGUAUCCACGAGGUCCCAACCAAGGACACGGAGAGUAGCGCAGCAGCAGCAGCAGCAGCAGCAGCAGCAAAAGCUGCCCAAGCUAACACCUCCUUCACCAUUGAGUUUGAUAACACCUCUCCAGGCAAGGUGACCAUUAAGGAUCAUGUGUCACGUCCAAGAUCUAAAAAAUCUCAGCCAGGGAGUAAAGAGCUCAGCAGCCUGCAGGCAGCCAUAAUGGCCUCAGAGAGCAAAGUGGCCGACUGGCUGGCACACAACAAUCCUCCCAUGGUGAGGCGUGAGUCCACAGAGGAAGAUAGCAAAAGCAUUAAGAGUGAUGUACCUGUCCAUCUCAAGAGGCUGAAAGGCAGCAAGCACGAGGACGGCACCCAAAGCGACUCAGAGAAUGGGCUUGGUCUGCGUUUUGGGAGCCGACGCCACGCUGCUCUGGAGGAGCGCUUAAAGGCAGCUGGCCUCACACGUGCCAAAGUCACCGGGGCAGAGGGCUCGGGCUCCUCCAGCCGCACCGCCUUCACCAUUGAGUUCUUCGACGAGGAGAACCCACGCAAACGCCGCUCCUACUCCUUCUCCCAGACUGCACCACUUCUGGGAGCUAUGGCAGGAGAGGGACUGUGUCCGGCACCACCCUCCCAUCCUAAGGGCACUUCAUCAGCACUGGCGACGGUGGCACCUACAGCAGCACGGUUGCUGCAGAAGAAAAGGUCAGAGGACAAGACGUCAAUUCCCGGAGAUGAGGCACAGAAGCAGGAUGACGAGCAGAGCGACAAAGGCACCUACACCAUCGAGCUAGAGAACCACAACCCUGAGGAGGAGGAGGCACGCCGCAUGAUUGAUAAAGUGUUCGGGGUGGAGAACCCUAAGGAUCCUGGUUGCCCAGUGCAACAGAAAACUAAGGACAGUAAGAAGGCCAGCAGCACUAAAGCUGAGGGCCUUUUGGAGGAAUCAGUUGCGGUUGGCAGUCCACACUGGGUUUCCCAGUGGGCCACUUUAGCUGCUAAUCACACAAGAACUGAUCCUGAAGGAUCCGGAGCAGAACCCACACACUUUGUCCAUCAAGAGCGAGAAGCUGAUGCAUUUGAGUCAGGUGUGUCUUUGAGGAGCACCGGCUCUGCAACCUCCAGCCAGGCAGAACGGAAGAGGAGGACACUGCCACAGCUCCCCACUGAGGAGAAGAGCAGGUUGGGGAAGUCCAUCUCCACCACAGGACUACGCUCUGAGAUUGGCGAGAAACAGGACACCGAACUCCAAGAAAAACAGCACAAAGGAGAUGGUGAAUGUGUUUCCACUCUCAACAAGAAGGACACUACAUGUGCGAAGACAAACCAAGUACAGACAGCCUCUUCCAAGCCUCCUGUACCUCCUGUUGGAGGUAUAGAGAAGCAGGGUGAGGAAUCUCGCAGGAGGCGUGCUGAGGACAGGAGCAAAGGGAGUGAUAGCGAGCGGAGCGGGAAGCCCCUAGUGCGUCAAGGCAGCUUUACUAUCGACAAGCCAAGUGCCAAUGUUCCACUUGAGCUUAUCCCACGCAUUAACCAACGGCAGUCUGGGGGCCGAGAGCGCAGUGACUCAGCUGGCAGCAUGGACACGGCCACCCUACUCAAGGACACCGAGGCUGUUAUGGCCUUUCUAGAGGCCAAGCUGCGGGAUGAGAAAAAGCUGGACCCAUCGCCACUCCCUGGCUACCCUCCAGGACGCUGUUUUUCCCCAGAGUUGGAUGCUGACACAAUUAAAGCAGCAGGCCGCACUGAAGUGCCACAGAAGCGCCGUUCUCUCAGCAGUCUGCACAGAGAGAAAAGCAACAUGAGCUCAGCUGGAAAGAGCACUAAUGCACGGGAGCGACUGGAGAGGAAAGCCAAGCCCAAGGCCUCAGAAGGGCGCCUGGAUACCCGUCACUCUGCCCAUACAAGUCAGAGGGCCCGCCAGCCCUCCAUGGACCUGACAGAUGAUGAGCAGACAUCCUCGUUGCCCAUUUCUGACAUACUCUCUGAUGACCAGGAGAAUGGGCGUAACCCGUUCACCUUCACUGAUGACUUGCUGCACUCCAAACUGGAUUCAUCUAAAGUUGCUAGAGCCGGUAAAUCCAGCAGGACACCCCAAGCCAGCACUGCCACUAUGGGCAAGCCUCAGUUGCCUCAGCCUCGGCCCACAAGAGCAUCUCUUCUGAGACGUGCUCGACUUGGAGACACAUCUGACACAGACCUGGCAGAUGCGGACCGGGUGUCAGUUGCAUCCGAAGUGUCCACAACCAGUUCCACAUCUAGGCCACCAUCAGGCAGGAAAGCACCAUCUCGCAUCGACAUGCUGGCGCAGCCCCGACGCACCAGGCUUGGGUCCAUGUCAGCGCGCAGCGACUCUGAAGCCACAGUGUCCCGCAGCACUUCAUCGAGGAUAUCAUCUGAGACAGCUCUGAGAUUGGGAUUGCGCCCCACCAACCCAGCAGACAGCAAGCUGAACCCACGCCUUCGGGCAAACAGCGUCUCCAAGCUGACAGACACUAAAUCCAAGACCGCAUCAUCCAUCUCCAGUGCUCCAGCAGAGCACGUUCACGCAGCGACGUCUCAACCAGAGCUGGAGGAUGACCUAGCAGACGAGGAGCCCAUGGCCAGCAGCAGGUGGCGGCGACUUAAUACAGAAUACGGCUCCACCUCUGAGGACGAGUUUGGCUCGACCAGGAACUCCCCCAAAGCCGGGCGUCUGAGGCCAGGCGCUGCUUUGCGUACCAGUAGACUGAGCAACGCGGGCACAGUGACAACAAGCCCGGGCAGCAUCACCGUCAAACACAGGAUGAGGGAGCAGGAGGAGUACAUCAGAGACUGGACAGCCCACAGCGAAGAGAUCGCCAGGUUAUUCCCCUGUGUGCGCAGGAUCAGCCAGGACCUGGCCAAGGAUCUGGCCAUUCUGGCUCGGGAGAUCCAUGACGUGGCCGGCGAGAUCGACUCGGUCAGCUCCUCCGGCACAGCACCAAGCACCACGGUGAGCACGGCGGCCACAACGCCCGGCUCUGCCAUCGACACCAGGGAGGAGUUGGUAGACCGAGUUUUUGAUGAAAGUUUGAACUUUCGGAAGAUCCCCCCUGUGGUGCAGACCAAGACUCCAGAGAUGAACGGCCGGCCGGUGGAGCUGCGACCUCGAGCCCCGGACAGUCUGGAUCCCCAGAACGCAUUGCGCAGACGCACGUGGAACCGAGAUGAGGUCAGACCGGCGGUGCUAGACAGCUUGCUGCUGACAUCAGUCUCUCAGCUGUCCUCCAAAAUCCGCCAGUCUGUGGACAAAACAGCAGGCAAAAUCAAGAUUUUGUUCAAGGACAAGGACAGGAACUGGGACGACAUUGAGAGCAAACUGAGCUCAGAGAGUGAUAUACCACUUCUCAAAACCACUAACAAGGAAAUCUCAACAAUUCUAACAGAGCUGAAGAGGGUGGAAAAGCAAAUCCAAGCCAUAAAUAUCAUGGUAGACCCGGAUGGAACCCUCGAUGCUCUUACUAGUCUAGCCCUGGCGAGUCCGAUCAAAUCCAAACCCAAGGCCAGCAAUGGAGCCUCCAAACCCUCCUCCACCAUCUCCCCUAACCGAGAGCUCCCCAGCUCUGGACUGAGCCGUCCGCAAGCCAGUGGAGAGGCGAGCGCAAUUACUAACAAGUGAUAGACAGGAACCCUCAGAAUUGAGCAAACUGGACCUCUAAUACUUAAAUCUCUCUGAACUGAUAGACCUUUACCUGUACAUACUGUCUGUACCCCUCCCUUCCUGCACUCCAUUGGAAUGUCCAUCUUUCUCCACGUGAAGUUGCUGAACGUCACACCUGCGGAUUUGGACAGUGAUCUACAGUGCAGCUCCACAAGCACACACAGCUGCUGGUGAAGAAGAGGUGAAAGGCCGUCAAUCGAAGGCUUGUUAUUGCUGGACUUCUUCCUCAUGUCUGUGUGUCUGAUGUUAGAACCAACUGCUUGUGUGUGCUGCACUCCCAUCCAGGCAUGAAGCAAGUGUACCUCUGUGAUUCAACUUCGACAAAAACAAUGCAGAGUGCCCAUCUUCUCUCCUCCGUAAGCAUUCUCUUCAGCGAAUACCAACUUCUUACAAAGCGACUUUUGUGUCAGAAAUGAGAUUGUGUUGGUUUAAGAGAACUUUUCAAGAAGUGUUCAAGAUUAUGAAGUUAAACACGAACCAGCUUACCAAAGUAAGUCCAAUUCUACGCGUGUACUCAACAACUGUAAAUUCCAUCCAGUUUAUUCAACUGAAGAAAUCUGAUUUCUUGAUUACCCAAAGUGCAUUUACGCCAUUAAAAUUAGCAUAGGUCAGCUCAGUGAUUUUGGCUCCACUAAACAGAACAUUUACUGAGUUACUCAAUUUUCAUGCACUGAUUUAUUAUUAUUUUUGGUAACCUUUUAGACGAAAGGAUAAGUAGCAAACCUGGUAGAAGGUUCAAAAUAUAAAUAAAAUUUUAAAAAAUCAGCAAACGUCUGAUAUUUAGCCAUCGUUUUAUUUUCGCUCACAUUGGAAAGAGGCUUUUGGAAAAUAUGCAGUAUUACACAACAUAUUAGUGAAAUGCAACGUGGUUAUGUGUUGCACAUCUCUCAUUCGCUAAGAUCUCUGUGCUUUGUGCUACUGUGACCUGAGCCUUAGAUCAAACAGCCUUUAACGCAAGGCUCACUCACAUUCCGGAUACGUUACGGUCAGUCGAACGUUUUACGUUUUUAAUCUCAAUACACUAACGUUCUCUAAUCAGAGUAUGUAAUUACAGGGGAUUAGAUACGCAACGGUGAGUGUUGGGCAGAUUGUCAGCAUUUUCAAAAAUCUCCAAAUGCUCAUUGGUCAUGUUUUCCAUGAAGGUAUCCCAGCAUAUGGUGUAUGUACUGUAUUGUCUUACUCUCCUGUCAUCGCUUGCUGCUCAGCUGUAUUUCUGUUCCUGAGGAAGGGUGGGAGAUGAGCUAACUCAGCCUUUCAUUGUGAAUCUGUGUGUCGUAGAGAGAGAGAGAGUAGUGAGACUGUCAUUAGCAACUAAAACAAUAGUGAAGAUAGGUACAGGACUUUUUUAUUUUUUUGUUCUUUUGUUGUUGAUAAAUGUAUCAGCGAAGUGCCCACUGUGGAAAAUCUAGUGCAUGGGCAGUUUUAGGAAUGAAAAUCAUAAUGUAGUGUACACAAGUGUUAUUUUAAGGUUCCUGGACUCCUGUAAGUUAAUGUUAUGUGUGUUAAAGGCCAUACAGGGCAUAAAAGGACAUCCUAAUCAUAUCUGUACAUCAUACUGCUCUCAUAACAGGUUGUAUUUUCAGUGGGAUGAUCCUCCCACCCCCUAAAACUAUAUCUUUCUUUCUUUUUUUCUUUUUUUUUUUAAAUAGUAGUAUCAUUUAUAAUAGUAUAAAUAGUACAUUUUACAUGAUGGGGAACAGAAAACAUGCUUGGUACAGUUUUGUUUGUUUCAUUUUUGUUUCAGUUUACAUUCAUCUGUAAAAUACAGUUUUUGUUCUUUUUCCUUGUUUUUGAUAAAUGUGUUUAUUUAUUUUUGUUUACAUUUUUUUUUGUUUAAUGCCUUGAAUGUUUUGCAGCACAAUUUUUUUGCUGGUGUUUCAGUUUUGUUUUUAUUUUUUUUGUUGUUUUUUUAUGGAAUCUUUUCAGUGCUCUCAAUAAAAGGAGAAAAAAUUCCUGGACCCUAAUUAAGCAUAAUUGUCUGCGUAUAUAUCCUGCAUUUCAAUAAAGUCCUUGAUCUAAA